GUUGGACGCUUCGUCUGUUUCACACUCUCACCUCGUCGGUCGACGCAUCCCGCUAUCGAGCGCGAUCCCCAUCUUCAGAUUAACCGCUUCCUUCUGCCGACGAGAGUGUCGGGAGAGAUUUAAUAGAAAGAGCUAAAAGACGAUAGAGCCAUGAAACUGGUGGCGGUGCUGGCACUGCUGUGCUGUUUGGCAGUGAGCGUCUUGGCCUCGCCUGUUCCUCACCCAGUAGAGGAUGUGAAGGUAGCAUCGGAUGACGUUAAAGCGACGGGUAGACAAGCACCAGCACAGCCUGUGGAAUCAAGCGACGAUGACGACGACGACGACGACGACGACGACGAUGUCGACUUAGACAUUACCGGAGACGAUGAUGACGAUGACGACGAUGACGAGGAAGAGGAUGACGACGACGACGACGGCGAUUACCUGGAACGGUUCAUCGAGGACAUAAUCGGAGGUGACGACGACGAUGAUGAAGACGACGACGAUACUCCAGCGGUCCAGCCGGUCGUAGCAGCAGCCCCAGCAGCUCCAGCAGCCCCAGCAAUUAACCCAGUCGCAUCUCCAGCAGCAAUUCCAGCAGCAGUUCAGGCCGAUCUAGAUUCUCUUGGAGAAUCCGCAGUAGACAGUGCUUCCGAUGUGGAUAACAAUACCUACGAGGAGGAGGACGAGGACGUGAACAGUGCAGAUACUCUGGCAACGGAUGACGCCCCCCCAGAAGAGCAAGCAGCAUCCGCUGUGGACGGUGGCCUCGAAGGUGCUGAAUCCGUAGUCAAUUCCGUGCAGACUCCAGUCGUGCAGGCAGCCGAGGCAGCAAGCAGCGACGAGGACGAUGACGACGACGAUGACGACGACGACGACGUCGAUCUUGACAUCACCGGUGACGACGACGACGACGACGAUGACGAUGACGAUGACGAUGACGAUGACGACGACGACGACGGCAUUGCCGACAUCGCCGACGCUCGUCGAGCACGCGCCAUGGAUUCUGAUCCCAGCAGUCAUGUUCCUGCCAUUUAUGUUGCCAAGUACAACAGAUUUGUGGACAACAUUCUUGGGAGGAUCAACAAGAUCCUGCGUACCAAUUAUGAUCCUGUUACUGUCAAGCUUACCAAUCCUAAUGCUAGUACUAAGUCUGGCAAAGGAAAGGGAAAGAAUAAGAAGAGCAAAAACAAAGCAAAGAGGAAGUCCAGCUCUAUUGGAUCUGAGAAAAGUGCCACUGGUGUUGCUGAAGCUAAUGGAAAACCUAGUCAAUCAGCACUAAAGGCUGUCGAUACAGCUACCAGUCCACUAGCCACAACUUUGCUACCAGACAACGAAGCCACUACACCUAUGGCUUUAGAAUUAACUACAACUUCUGACCUGGCAGAAACGAUUUCUCCUACACAGUUCAAUUCAGAAUCUUCAAUGAGUCGUGGCACGAUUACAAGUAGCAAGAAAGACAGUAAAAAGACUAGCGGUAACAAAAAUCGAACAAAGACUAAGAGUACCAAUAAGACCAAGACCAGUAACAACAAGAAAAAAUCAAAGAAGAAUAAUAAACCAAGAGCCAAAGCUACUCUGUACGGUCUAGCUUCUUUGCAAAGAUCCGGUGACGUUUCUGUGAAUAUGAUGAGUGAUCAUACAACAAUCAAAACUAAAUUCAGUUUGGGUCCUCUUGUGCUCAAAGUUGAGAAGGAAUUUGGACGUGCAGCCAAGAAGGAAUUGCGCAGUGCAACAGCAACAACGGCAGAAAUGUCUGGUAAACUGAGUCUACGGGUACUCCAUGGCGGGGCUGCCACGUUGCAUUCCAUCCGCGUUCUCCAGCCGAAACAGGUUCGCGUAGAGAGUGCCGACGAUCACGACAGAACCAGAGAAUUCGUAUGGAAGCGAUCAUCUCACAUUGCUCACCUUGUAUCACAAAAAUUGUCCACAGCAACAAGGUCAAUGCUACGUCCACCGCCGGUGCCAGUAGAGAGAGCAUAAAAUUUCUUAGUUUCCGAAAGGCGACUGGAUACUGAUCACAUUAUCGAUCAUAGAUAAUCCAUUCAUCCUGAUGAAUCAUCUCGAAUUAUUUAUUUAUUUAUUUAUUUGUCAACAAACUGACAUGAGCCCAAGUUCUCUUGGUGCUGGUCAUAUGGUCGAAUAAGGGGGGGUCUUGCGACGAAUCAAUGACAAAGUAGUCGCACCAGGUGGUAUUAAUAGUAAGGGAUGCAAUUCCUGAUGUACAUAAAUAAAAUAAAAAUUAAUAAAAACGAUCAAGGAC